AUGAAAUUAAGCCAUCUAGCCGUUCAUUUACAAUUGUCAUUCUUAGCGUCACUUGCUUCAGCACAGAGCAGCAAUGUUACCUACAAUGUCAUUGCCUCGCCGCCCACUGCAGACAUGUCUGUUGCCGUGGUUGUCGACAACAACACCUACCGCUUGAAGGCUCCAACGAUUGGCGAUCUCUUGUAUUCUGGAAGUGCACCGGCAGCUAAAAACGAAUACCAUUAUGUUAUUCUGGACAGCGCCAAUCAAGUAAAUGCGUCUGAGGCUUUUACUCGUGCGCCUGUCUUGAACGAAAGCACGACAAACGAGUUUUUUAAUCGCUCCAUAAGCACUCAUCAACUCACCUAUUUACCCCAAGUCUAUGAGCCUGCCCGUGUGAUUGAUCGCAUAGACUCCAACCUCCAUCAUCUCGACCAGAUUCCGACAAUCCAUAUCUGGGGAAAUCAAACCGCAGUUGAUCUUUUGCACAAGAAUCAAUUAGAAGAUCUCGAGUUUGAGUUCAAUCUCACCUACUACGGCUUGAGUGACGUUCAACAUUUUGAAAAAGUAAAGGUAGCCUUGUCUGGCCGCUCAUCUAGAGUGAUUCCCAAACUGUCCUACUCUUUGAAGAUGAAGACAAAAGGUGGCGAUAGCUUGUAUGGCUACAAGAAGCUCAAGCUGCGAGCGCUUGGCAUGGAUCCCUCCUAUGUCCGAGAAUGCGUCUCUUAUUCUACAUUGAAGGCAAUAGGAAUUCCUGCCAGUGGAUUCUCCUACAUACGUGCUUUUAUCAAUCAAAAACCUAUUGGGCUUUACGGUUUGAUAGAGACAUUCCAAGACCCAUGGACGGCAAAUGAGUUUGGUGGCGGUGAUGCCAACUAUAAAUCAGGAUACUUGUACCAGGGCCAAAUAGCAGCUCCAAACCAAACUGUCCCUGUAUUCUCUGAUCUAUCAUACUAUGGCGAGAACACUACUCUAUACAGUCUUGGUCAAUACAAGAUCAAAGCAGGCACUGACAAAAACGAAACAGCAGACGAUUUCAAAGAUCUCCAAGAGUUUACAAAGUUUAUCAAUGAUACCACCAGUAAUACAACUGUGGACGAGUGGGAGAAGCACCUGGACACAGAGAUCUUUACUCGAGCCAUGGCUGUUGAGAACCUGUUGGGCUUUUCAGAUGCUUACAUGACUCUACUGGACAAUUUCUACGUGUACAAUGACCCCAAAAACCCAGGAAGAUACAUCUACAUUCCUGCUGAUCUCGAUACCACCAUCGGUAUUGCUCUCUAUGAGCUGGACUAUCUAUUGAGUGGCGAUUAUAGCAAACAUCCAGGCUUCAACCUUCGACCAUUGACUAGCAAACUCUUUUCCAAUCAAAUCAUGUUGGAUCACUAUCAACAUGUCCUGCUUAACUUGACACAGCAAUUGAUCAAUCCAACCACCAUGUAUCCAUUUAUAGACAGUGUUGUCAAGAUGAUCUACACUGAUAUUGAAUGGGAUCAAACUCUUCCUGGUAUGGGCACAUUUCAACUACCCAACAUGGACAAUAUGGAUCCAGGCGCUGGUGGUGAUGGAAACAGUACAACCUCUUUCCCUCCUAUUUUUGGCCCUGGAUUCAGAACCAAUUGGAGCGAUGUUCCUCAGACAUUUGAUUCAUCCUUGAACGGACCGACUAACUCUACUACAAUGGAGAGUGUCAAGGGUUUCAUAGCUAGAAAGAGUGCUAAUAUUCUGGCCUUUUAUAAUAAACAUUAA